GCGACAUGGAUAUGGAUACGUCAUGAUAUUUAUGGUUAACGACGUAUCAUUUUCUCACAACACUGUAGUGUAUUGAGUGCCCCCGGGGCAAUAUUUUGUGGGCAACGCUUACAUAUUCUUUGAAACACUCCUGAUGUUUCUUCUUCUCGUGUCGGAAACUGUGCUACUACUGGCAGGAAAAGUUUUCCGAUAGUUAGCAAACAAGCUAACAUGAGAUUCUUCGGCAACAAACCUGUUUGUUGUCCACAAUGGAGGAUGAUUCUUCUUCUUCGGUGGUGACAGGGCUGUCUAACGUGUCGUUUCUUCAGAGGACGUUAGAGCGUUUAUCCUCUACAAAGUGUCUGAAACUGCAGAGUGCGGAGUCUUCUCCUGUCGCUGUUCUUUCUCUUCAGAGGUAUUUAGCUGAGCAGACUGAAGGACAGCGGGCUGACAGCUACAGCUAUGAUGUGACGGUCACUGACGGUGUGUGGAGAGCCAAAUGCUUUCUCCACCCGAGCUUAAAUCACCUGGUGUACACAAACACCCUGAGGACUGGGACUGACGUCAGAAUCACUCAGUGUGCCUUUGUUUACAACGAGAAGAGACUGGGGCAUGGUUACAUUUGUAUUGAGAGUCUGUGUUGUGGUGUGGAGAGAUCUGCUGUCCUGUCCCAUGUAAAAGAUGUCACUUCACUGCCUAUACUGGUCAAACAGGGCAUGGAGAGGAGUGUGGAGCUGCAGAGUGAUGUUCCCCUUCAGGUGACCCGCAGACACUACCUGUCUCUGUGGAACAAUGAUGAUCCAGAGGGAGACAUCUGGACCUCAGCCUGUCCCUCCUCAUCUGACACAGUGCUUGAUGUGUCCAAGAUUACUCUUCUUAGUAGCCUGGAGUCAUCCUUUAGAAGCAACUGGAAACCUCUUCCUCUUCUGGUGAAGAUAAUACACAAAUCUAGAUUACGUUACUAUGGGAAGUUUGGGCUGAAGAUCGAUUACCCCUACCAGACUUACUUUGAAGUGGCUGACCAGAGUGGUACAAUGUCUCUUGUGCUUUGGAAUGAACUAUGUCCAGAAUUUUACCACAGGCUAAAUGUUGGCACAGUUUUAUACCUCCAGAGUUACACCUUGAAGCAGAGUUAUGCAAAACGAUCACAUCCACAAAUGGAUCAUCACAGAAUGAAAACCUUUGAUUCUGUAGAAAUCUGCCUGAACCCUCGAAACCCACCUUCAGUCAUCACUGUGGUCUCACCAAAGAGUGUCCUACCUCAGUGGGGAUUACCUGAAGUGUGCUACCAGUUCACCACCAGGUCAGAGUUGGAAAAUUUGUCCAACAAUUCGGCAUGUGAUGUAAUUUGUUUGGUGACAUUUGUUGGCCGUAUUGAAAGGGUGAGGAGCAAAGGCAACAAGGGUCCAGAAAAAUACUGGACGUUUCGCUGGAUCCAUGCAGUGGAUGGGACCUCUGAGAAACCUUUUAUCCUGGAGGUUUUCUCCUCUUCUCAGCCAGAAAUCUUCAGUCGAAUUUGCCCCAUGACUUACCUGGUGUGCACUCAGAUGAGAGUUUGCCAAGUUGAAGGUUCUUUGCCAUACCUCACAAGCAGCUGUGAGACUGAGACGUUCAUCACAGGCUACCACAAAGGUCAACCGUAUGUGAGUGACCCUAAAGUGAAGAGCUUCAUCCAGUGGACCAAAACACUGAAGGACAACGUCGUCCUCCAGAAGACAGCUGUUGGUGGUCAUUACUGCUACCCUCAUCCACCACAGGUGUUUACCCAGUCAAUGGCAGAAGCCUCAGCUCAGGCUCCUCUGGUUGCUGUGGCUGACUUGAAGAAGGAGUUAGAGACCCUGCAGUACAGGGAACACAAAAAACUCACAAUACAAGGACAGAUCACAGCAGUGCGAUUCGUGAAACACCCGAAGACCCCAGAGUCUAGAGGAGCACAAGAUAAAGAGGUGCUGGAUGGUUCUACUGAAGUGUGUGAGCCAGAACCACAUGGCUUCCCCUCAUCCAGUUCAGUGUCCUCUCCUGCUGAAAAAAUCUCUGCAAGCAGAAGGAAAAGAAGAAACACAAUGAGGGAAGCCAAGCAGUCCUCUCUGAACCGUGGUAACCUGAAAGCAAAAAGGAGGCUUGGUGAUAAAUUCAGAGAGGAAGGAAGAGAGCAAGAAGAAGAAGACAGCGACUCUGAUCCUGAGCAGGUCCAGGAUGUCGAGUCUCGCCUCAAACUGCAGCAUCAAGAUCAAGGCUCUGAUGUGCUCUCCUGGGAAAGCAGCAGCUGGCCGAAGCAGAAAGAAGAAGUGAGUGAACAUUUGUGUCAAGGCCGUCUUUACGAGGACAGCGUCUCUCAGAGGUUCACAUUUGAUGAUAAGGACGUCCUCCUGCAGCAGAGUAACCUUCAGCCAACACGGUGGACACCAGGGGCUACUACUGACACAAUCCAGCCUGCUGCCUGUCCAGGAUUUUACCAAGUUACUAUUUUAGGCAUUAACAAGCAGAUAGCCAUCAACGCUGCGUAUUUCCCUGUCACAAGCUCAGACGAGCCCCGGGCUGUCGGUCUUCCUCAGGAUCCCCAUGGCAACACAAUGCUGACGUGCCUUUCAUCAGGCUUCCUCUGUCCUCUCAGUGACUCUGCAAACCACAGUGAAGUGAUACAUCCUGAGCCAGAGGAGGUGUUGGCAACUGCGGGGGAGCUGGAGGACACACAUGUUGUGUGCGUCUUGGAUGUUUGUCAUCUGGGUGGAGAUCUGGUGGAAGUCCUGAUCAGCAAAGUUUACAGAGUGGCGGAGGUUUGUCUCGAUUAGGACAGACAGAGAGUCAGAGUUCAGCUCUCUAAGAGUAUGUGUAAAUAUCACAAUUGUUUAUUCAUCAUGUAAGUUGGUUAUUUUUGAUUGGGAGAGCUAAUAAAAGCUUGACACAUUGAUUUAGACCAAGCUUGAUAACUGUAAAUUAUCUGAUUUCUUCUUUUUAAACAUGUAUAGUAAAUGUAACAUGAUGUUUUAAUCAUGUGUUCAAUUUUUAAAGAGAAGAAACUGUUCCUAUCCACACUGUAAAUAUUAAAAUACAUUUCACUGCUUUUUCAUUUUCACUAAAAGUGUUUGCCAUAACUGAUGAAUGUUACAGGUUUUUAUGGGUGCUUGAAUUUUAAUGUUUUGUUUUCAAAGUUUGAAAAAUGCUUUUGGAUUUUGAAUA